AUGAAUGGAUUAUGGGACAAGAUAACUGCACCCUUUGCAGAGAUACAGAAACAAAGAUCAGAGGAUAAAGCUACACAUGCGUUCUUGAAAGCGACAACUUCCAGCUUGGCACCUCCAAAUGAACUGGUGGUCGAUAUAUUCCAGCUGAGGGAUCGUGAACUCCAGUUGGAGAGUCAACUAAUCAAACAACAACAACAGACACAACAACAACAACUACAACUACAGCAACUACAGCAGCAACAACAACAACUGUAUGAUCAAUUUGUGCACAGUCCUGAGGUGGUGGACUUGACCUCCCCAAAUAUAGUGCGCCAGUCACAGUCGAUGGAUGCACCCAAGCUUGCCAAUGUGAAUGUGGUCGCUGUGCCUGCUCAGGUCUCGGACAUCACAGCUAUCCCACUGAGUUCAUCAACGGGCUUGCUGACCACUAUGCAGGUGCCAACACUGGUACCGCCUGGCUUUGGUUCAGGCGCGGGUGGUUCGCCGCGCAAUCAGUUCAAACUGUCUGCGGGAAACCCUCUGGCUCAGACAUUGAACCCCUCCAUCAGCAAUGUAUAUAUCAACAAUCCCGCAAACAGUCCACUCAAGAAUAUCACCGAGAUGUCUCCAGUCCGACCCUUCAUAUCAAAGUCAAUGGGCGGUGGUGGCGGCGAAGACUCAACAUCAAUAGAGAUGUGCGAUAUCAAUAGGAGCAACCAAACUAUAAUCAAUAUACCUUCACAUAUUGCUGCUAAUCAAAACCAGCAUGCAACACAUGGCGCGGAUGGAGUGUCACAGAAGCCAGAGGCGAGCCCACUGGUGCUGAGUGAGCCAAUGGGCAAGGAGUCAAAGGAGAAGACCGUCAAGACCAAGCGCAAGAAUCGCUUCAGUAAGGAGAAGAUGGAGAGGUUCAAGAACAGUGUAUACCAGAUACUGGUGCCUCAGACAAAGCUGCCCAUCCAUGUGGUGGACGCGGAGCAGCUCGAGACGUACGUCGUCCCAUUCCUCAUGGAGCUGGGCCGCGCAUUGCUCAUGUCGGGCGUGCCCGUACAUCGACUCGAGUACGAGCUGACACUGAUCAGCUCCACAUUUGGUCUGGACGGUAACUUCUUCUCAACACCCACUGGCAUCUUCUUCUCAUUUGGUUCGCCGCAUUCCAUUCUCUCACCAUACACUCAUCUCUUGCGAAUACAAUCGACCGAUUACAACAUGGAGCGUCUUGUCCUUCUCGAGGCACUAGCCGACGAUGUAAUCUACGGAAGGAAAUCAUGUCAAGAGGCGCUCAUUGACUUGAAGGACAUCCUCAAGAGUCCACCAUUAUAUAAUAUUCGUGUCACUGUACUUAGCUUUGUAGUAUCAUCCUUUGCCUUCUCCUUCUUCCUGCAAUGUGGAUGGGUGGAGGUUGGCGCUUGCUCACUGGUCGGCCUGUACGUGGGCCUGCUCUACGCAGCUGCCUGUCAAUGGCCUGCGAUUGGUCGUGUGCUCGAGGUGCUGAGUGCAUUUGGCGGAGCAUUCCUGGCGGGAUUGUUCAACGCGUUCAUUUACCCCGUUCCCCGUUUCCUUGCGACACUUGGCGGAAUCAUUGCGCUUGCGCCUGGCCUGUCGCUCACACUGGCCGUGGCAGAGAUCGCCACUCGAAACCUCGUGUCUGGAAAUGCUCGACUCAUGGGCGCAUUCUCUUGUCUGCUUCAGCUGUCAUUUGGCAUUGCCAUGGGCACCAGGUUCGCCGAGAAGGUCCUGCCGCUGCAGACCGAGAUUGUGCCGUCUGCAUUCCCCAGCUGGACGAUGUUCCUGGCGGUGCCACUGGCGGCCAUCUCCUUUGCCAUCCAGAUGAAGGCGUCGCCGCGUCAAAUGUGGAUCAUCAUUCUUACCAGUGUGCUGGGCAUCCUGGGCGGCAACUGGGGCAAUCGUUACUUUGGCACAGACGUCGGAUCUUUCUUUGGCGCCUGUCUGAUCUGUAUCACUGGCAACCUGUAUGCGCGAUUCACCAAUGGCACAUCAGUGGUGCCCAUCCUGUCUGGCAUUAUCCUGCUGGUGCCUGGGUCGAUGGGCGUAAAAGGCCUGCUCUCGGUGUCCAAUGGCAACGUGGACAGUGGCAUCGAGCUAAUAGGUGGCAUGUUCAUGAUUGCCACAUCUCUCACCAUUGGUCUUCUCGUGGCCAAUCUUCUGGUUAAGCCUCACAAGGCACUUUAA